UCCAGGUAUCCUGAUCCUGAUGUCUUCCACCGAUAAUCAAGCUGAAGCAAGCCUCAGCGCACAAGCGCUGGCUGCUGCUGUCGAGAACUCAGACAGUCGCAAGCACGACGUCACACAGGGCAUCCACGGACAUGGAGACGAAGAACAGACCGCACCAGGUCACAAGCGCUAUGCGUGGCUCGAGAAGCUCAUUCCUGGUAUCGAGAAGGUUACGGUGAAGUAUCAUGGAGGUAAUUUUGUUGCGCUGCGCGAUCCAACGAAACCACCUGGGAGUGUGAAGAUAUUCGAGAGCAUGCCAAUUUAUGCAAGGAUUGGUAUGCACUUGCUGUUUUACGGGAAAGAGCAAGUGAGACUGUUGGAAGGAGGAAAGCUUGAGAGUCGCUUUCGUGAACAAUCUGAAAAGCAAGGAGCAAUAUACGAUUCUCCGGGAAGCGUACACUCGAUCCCGUCGUUCAUCCAGACUUACAAUAUCGAUACUUCGGAACUCCUCGAACCAGACAUUACCAAGUAUCCCAACUUCAACUCAUUCUUCUAUAGGAAAUUGAAGCCUGGUGCGAGACCACUGCAGGAUCCGAAUCCUCAAAGGGUAUGUUCAGCUGCAGACUGCAGAUUGACAGUAUUUCAGACACUUGAGGAGGCCCAGAAAGUCUGGAUUAAAGGAGAUGAGUUCUCCCUUUCAGCCCUCCUUCACGGACCAUCCACAUCACACACGCAUAAGGACAAUCCCUGUCCUGACCCGAACCCGGAAUACACAAUUCCCGCAGCAGGAGCCUCAAUUGCCGCGUUCCGGCUAGCACCACAGGAUUAUCAUCGCUUCCAUUCUCCUAUCUCCGGCGAGAUUGUACACGGACCUGUCGAAAUCCCAGGAACAUACUACACCGUUAACCCACAGGCCGUAACAGAAGUCGACUUCGACGUCUUCACGGCGAAUAAGAGACACGUCGUCUACAUUAAAGAAGACGUAACGGGAAAAAUUGUUGCGUUCGUUGCUGUAGGUGCUCUUUUGGUUGGCUCUAUCGGGUGGAGUAAGAAAGUUGGUGAGAAGGUAGAGAGAGCGGAAGAGUUGGGAUGGUUUGCGUAUGGCGGAAGUACGGUGUUACUUGUGUUCCCUCAGGGAAUGGUUAAAUUCGAUGAAGACAUUGUAGUGAAUUCUCAAGGCGCGUUGGAGACACUAGUGAAGGCUGGAGAGGCAAUAGGAACCCUCUUGUAAAUUGAUAUGCGUUUGAUAUGCGGAGACAGGCGAAUCAGCGUAUUGCUUGGACUCAAAUGCUGAUCACUGACAUUGGAUUGCCAUAUUUUUCUCUUCUGCUCAUGAAUGUAUCAUCGAGUGUACAGAAUACAAUGGAAU